CUGUGGCUGUAUAUUUUUGUUGAUUUGAUUUGUGAGGCUCGAUAAUUGUGUUUUGUGAGUUCAACUAAUGCAAAACAAUCACAAGAAACAAGUGUUACUAAAAUAAAUUACUAACUAUAGUAAAUUUACUAAUUAUGGAACACAUACGACAGUAUGACUGGUGCACAUUUCUGCCAGACACUCCAUAUUUUGUCACAGAAUCAGAGCUGGACAACUGUGUUACAGAGAAGAUAUUACGGAACAAGUUCUCUAACCCACUGAUCUCCAGCGACUCUGAGGAAGAAGGGCAGGCUCCAAAGAUUGACUGGAAUCUUGUAUUUAAAAAAAGAAAUAAUGAGCAGAAUGUCCACCGCAUCUUCGUGCCGGGGCUCCGCCCCCCGCCGGCCUACACGCGGCUGUCUGCGCUGUCGUCACACCAGCACCACCUUGGGCUGAAAGUGUUAUGUGCGCUCAACCCGGGCAUACUGGAGGAUGAGUUCAUGGCUAAACCAAAUAAGUUUGAUAUGCAAGCUUUGGAGGCAAUACAAGAAACAUUACAAAAAGAGCAAAAGGAAUACAUAGACUGGGCUAAGAGUCUCUGGACCAACGGCCAAUGCAUCAGAGCGCUCCGGCCCAAACCUCUAAUAGAGUCCGUAUAUGAGGCGGAGUUCAAAGUGAGAGCCAAUCAGAUGAAGGGGUACCCGAAGAUGUUUGAGCUGGUGGCGCAGAUACCCAUGGAGCCGGCCGGGGAGUAUGAUAUGGUGAUGCAGAAGGAGCUUAUUGGAGUAAACCCGUCGGAGCUACUGAAAGUUGAGAAACCGGUGAACAUUCGCAGCCGACUGUCGGUGAUGCGGCCCAGCGCCGUCCCCGAGCCCUGCGAGCAGCACCCUGUCCGCUUCAUACUGCCAAACGAGAAAAGCAUCUCCGUUCUCCCUGUGACAGAAGUGUACCGGACCCUAGCAGAAUACGCGAUAGACAACGGAGCCCUAUUUGUCGCUAGUGAGGGUGCGCUGCGCUGUAUGGCCGAGCGGCGAGCGUGGGCACUACCUGUGUCCGUCUAUAGCGUUACUCAGCCUGGCCCCUCGCCAGAGAACGUGAACGUGACCGUGCUGGGCAGCGAGUUCCUGAACAAGCAGGAGAACGUGAUGAGGCGCACGUUCAGGGCGCUCAGGCACCUGCUCGAGGUGGCUCUAGUGCCGUGCCCCUCGCCAGAGAACGUGAACGUGACCGUGCUGGGCAGCGAGUUCCUGAACAAGCAGGAGAACGUGAUGAGGCGCACGUUCAGGGCGCUCAGGCACCUGCUCGAGGUGGCUCUAGUGCCGCCCCUCGCCAGAGAACGUGAACGUGACCGUGCUGGGCAGCGAGUUCCUGAACAAGCAGGAGAACGUGAUGAGGCGCACGUUCAGGGCGCUCAGGCACCUGCUCGAGGCCCCUCGCCAGAGAACGUGAACGUGACCGUGCUGGGCAGCGAGUUCCUGAACAAGCAGGAGAACGUGAUGAGGCGCACGUUCAGGGCGCUCAGGCACCUGCUCGAGGUGGCUCUAGUGCCGGCGUCAGAACUAGCCAAGAGGUCGCAAGACUCGCAAGCGCCAGAAGAGGAAAUUGUACCUGAAACUACCUCGUCGCACGAGCUCGCGUGGCCGGACGACACGAGCGACGAGGAAGACAACCUGUUCAUAGAUUUCGAUGAACCCUCGACGAAAGAAAGAGACACAGAUACACCCAGCAAAAAUACAGACGUGCAGACAGAGAUGGAAGUAGACAAAUGUACGCCACAGAAAGAGACGAAGAAUGCGACAAACGUUAACAGAAGUUUUACUGAAGGCUUCGGCGUUUAUAAAUGUACAUGUCAAGAUUCAUUAUUCGAGCGGCCGCCGCCGCGUUCGUUCAGAAAGUGGCGGUUCAGAAAGAAGUCCACUUCGGAAAGUUUCGAUGUCAUCGUGCACUGCGCGCACAAAUUCAAAGGAUCGGCUGGUGAAAUCCUAUUAGAGCCUGUACCGGAAUACCAGGCGGACAUGGGCGCGAGUAAGCAGUCCGAAGACAGGAUCACGAGUGUUGCCCUCUCGCUCGCACUCAGGGACAUCGACACCAGCGUACUCAAUGUGAGACUAGACGCUGAAUCUGGCGAUAUCAUCACAACGGAAGAGUUUACCCGCGCUAAAUUCUACUCUGAACACGGCGACCGCAGCCACCACGUGGCCGGCGUGGUACACUCGGCGCUGAGCCAGCUGCAAGGGCUCGUGCCGGGACACUACGUCAUGCACCACGAGGUACACAAUUCUAAUAGCCACCACGUGGCCGGCGUGGUACACUCGGCGCUGAGCCAGCUGCAAGGGCUCGUGCCGGGACACUACGUCAUGCACCACGAGUUGUACUCUGAACACGGCGACCGCAGCCACCACGUGGCCGGCGUGGUACACUCGGCGCUGAGCCAGCUGCAAGGGCUCGUGCCGGGACACUACGUCAUGCACCACGAGUUGUACUCUGAACACGGCGACCGCAGCCACCACGUGGCCGGCGUGGUGCACUCGGCGCUGAGCCAGUUGCAAGGGCUCGUGCCGGGACACUACGUCAUGCAUCACGAGUUGUACUCUGAACACGGCGACCGCAGCCACCACGUGGCCGGCGUGGUACACUCGGCGCUGAGCCAGUUGCAAGGGCUCGUGCCGGGACACUACGUCAUGCACCACGAGUUGUACUCUGAACACGGCGACCGCAGCCACCACGUGGCCGGCGUGGUACACUCGGCGCUGAGCCAGCUGCAAGGGCUCGUGCCGGGACACUACGUCAUGCACCACGAGUUGUACUCUGAACACGGCGACCGCAGCCACCACGUGGCCGGCGUGGUACACUCGGCGCUGAGCCAGCUGCGAGGGCUCGUGCCGGGACACAACGUCAUGCACCACGAGUUGUACUCUGAACACGGCGACCGCAGCCACCACGUGGCCGGCGUGGUGCACUCGGCGCUGAGCCAGCUGCAAGGGCUCGUGCCGGGACACUACGUCAUGCACCACGAGCCACAAUUGUACUCUGAACACGGCGACCGCAGCCACCACGUGGCCGGCGUGGUACACUCGGCGCUGAGCCAGCUGCAAGGGCUCGUGCCGGGACACUACGUCAUGCACCACGAGCCAAAUCACGGUCUCAACGCAUUACUCUACGCCCCUCGCAACACGGGAAAAGAGCAACAACUAAAACUAGAGUUCGACAGCACACAACCCGCGGAGGCCGACGAGGCCAAAACUGUGAAGACCCCGCCGCAGCUGAUCCCGGCCUUAUUACCGUGGCAUAAGUUCCGUAAGAUCCUGCCGUGCACGUUCACGCACUACCCGAACCAGCUGGCCAAGCCCAAGAAGCAGCCGCCGCGGAAGAAGACGCCUCCGCGGGCGCUCAAGUGGCCUAAGAAGCGUGGGGGUCUCAAGAAAGCCGAGUGAAAUGAAGAUGAAUGAAAAUAAAUACUAAUUAACAUGUUAAAUAA